AUGUCAUUAAUUGCACAUGCGGCGAACUUUUUCUAUCUUUUCUUGGUGACGUCAAGAGCGCUUAACGAAGCAUCUGCAACCAUGUCGGCCGAGAAGAAGACAAUCCCGAAUGGUGUCAAAUUCAUUUUCGGAGGCGCGGCUGGAAUGGGAGCAACGUUGUUUGUUCAGCCGCUAGAUCUCGUCAAGAACAGAAUGCAGUUGUCCGGACGGUCGGGUAAAAGGGAGUAUCGCUCAAGCAUCCAUGCGUUGACGUCCAUUGUCAGAAAUGAGGGUGUUUUGGCUGUUUACAAUGGUCUCAGUGCCGGUCUGCUCCGUCAAGCAACCUACACCACCACCAGGCUGGGAACAUAUACGUACCUGUUCGAGCACUUCAAAACUGGCGAUACUGCACCCUCCUUCGCCAUGAAAGCGUCACUGGGUAUGACUGCAGGAGCGGUAGGAUCCGUUGUUGGAACACCAGCAGAGCUAGCGCUGAUCAGAAUGACUGGUGAUGGCCAACUACCGCCUGAGCAGCGACGCAAUUACAAGAAUGUGUUCGAUGCUCUGAUACGUGUUGUAAAAGAGGAAGGCGUGUUCACUUUGUGGAGGGGCUGUGCACCUACUGUGAUGCGUGGCGAUGGUUGUGAAUGCUGCACAAUUGGCGACAUAUUCGCAAUCAAAACAAGCACUGUUGGAGACAGGAUACGUUCAAGAUGUCUCUCUUUUGGGCAAGGUUUUUCGGAUGUAAAGGUAAUUUUCUGUCCAAUUCCUUGCUCCAUGGUUUCUGGCCUAGCGACGACGAUCGCAUCCAUGCCUGUCGACAUAGCAAAAACUAGGAUUCAAUCGAUGAAGGUCAUUGAUGGCAAACCCGAAUACAAGAAUGCGUUUGACGUCUGGGUCAAGGUGAAUAUGGUCACGAAAAUUGGACCGUUCAACUAUGAGAAGUGGAAGUGGCCUGGUCAGAAUCGCGAAUUCCCAGAGUUGUCUCCAAAAUGGCACAAAGAGAACCCAGAGCAGUUGCGCAGGUAUACUGGUGUACAUGAAGAAGGCUAUGUCGAUCCUGUCACUGGAAAAUUCGUUGUGGUUCCGGAAAUGCAAGCAAAGCUUGUCGUGCCGAAUUUGGAUGGGUUUAAGUUGAAACCCUACGUAUCGUACCGGACGGACGUGGAAAUAGAAAAGAGAAGACGGAUUUAUGAGGCUAAGGUAAAAGAGAAGGGCUCGAAAGCUCUAGCAGAUCUUUAUACUCUCGAGGACGAGCGAUGGCCUCCGCCCAAAAUGGACGCCGAAACACUGUUUGAGUUGUCCUAUGGGGAGCAAAUACGACAGGCUUACAAGGAAGGAAGAUAUGGACCUGUGGAGAAAAAAGAGGAUGAGAAAUCUUGA